AUGGCGUCUCCUCCCAAGCCCUGGGAACGUAACGGCGCGUCUUCUUCAACUACCACCACCAUGACAACCCCAACCGGUACCUCGUCGCCAGCCAUCCCGAGCCUCGCCUCAGGAGCCGACUCCCCUGCGAUCCCUCCUCGACCAGACUCCCUCGCGACCGCGGUCAACCAGAACGCUUCCGCCUACAGUAGGCUGGGCAACACCGGCUACGGCUCCGCUUACGGCCAGGGUGCGUACGGUUCGGCCUACUCGUCGCCAUACUCCAGAAUGGGUGGCUAUGGCGGAUAUGGAGGUUAUGGCGCCAUGGGCGGGAUGGGAGGCAUGUACGGCGGUGGGAUGUAUGGAGGCGGCAUGUACGGCGGCAUGGGUGGUAUGGGUGGCAUGGGCAUGGACCCAAACAACCCAAGCCUGACCCAGCGCUUUGGCAACAGCACUCAGGCUACCUUCCAGAUGCUCGAGGGCAUCGUCGGCGCGUUCGGCGGUUUCGCUCAGAUGCUCGAGAGCACGUACAUGGCAACACACUCUAGCUUCUUCGCCAUGGUCUCUGUGGCUGAGCAGUUUGGUAACCUCAGGGAUACCUUGGGGUCUGUCUUGGGCAUCUUCACUCUGAUGCGAUGGAUCAGGACACUCAUUGCCAAACUCACUGGCCGCCCUCCGCCGGCUGAUGCCGUCGCCUUGACUCCUGCUGCCUUUGCACGUUUCGAGGGACGGCAGGGCCCUAUUGGCCCCAACGGUGCUCCUAUGCCACCCACGCCCAGCCGGAAGCCUCUCAUCUUCUUCCUGCUGGCUGCGUUUGGCCUUCCUUACCUCAUGAGCAAGGCCAUCCGCUCAAUAGCUGCAAAUGCCGAGGAGGAGGAGCGGAGGAGGAUCGAGGCCGCUGGCCAGCCCAUGGACCCAACCAAGCUGGAGUUCUGCCGCGUCCUGUACGACUUCACUCCGGAGGCUGGCAACGCGACGCAAGGUGUUGAUCUCGCUGUCAAGAAGGGCGACUUCAUCGCCGUCCUAAGCAAGACCGAUCCUCUCGGCAACCCGAGUGAAUGGUGGCGCUGCAGGGCCCGCGAUGGCCGUCUCGGCUACCUCCCCUCGACGUUCCUCGAGACCGCGAAGCGACCUGGCCAGCCUAUCGCGGCCAUCAAGGCCCCAAUCAGCGAGCCCGACACAUCCCGCACGAACUCGAUGACGAGCGCCAGCCAGCCGCCCGUGAUCAGCGGGAAGAUGGGCGAUAUCUCGCCUGAAAGCUUCCAGAAGUCUCAAUUCUACUCUUAG